CUGUACACCGUAAGCGGACAGUCCGCGCGUUAACAAUCCGUGACGUCUCGUAUCAUACGAACAUAAUAAUAUUCGUAAUAAUCGUAUUCCGUAUUAUUAUUAUCUCCGUCGUCACUCUCCGAAAUAAUCAGUAAUCACAAUAAUAAUAGUAAUAAUAAUAAUAAUAAUAAUAAUAAUAUUAUAAUAACAUAGUAUUACAAUAUUAUUAUUAUUAUUGUGAUAUACGAGUCGAUUGUGCUUCGCCGUUGGUCGUGCGGGUCGAGCGGAUCGACGUCCGACAGCCGACAGGUCAAAACCGAACUGUACGUGUUUACUGCAGCUGCAGCAACCGCUUCGUGCAGUACAGCGGCGUACGUGUUGUACCCACGGAGCUGUUGAGACGUGUUCGCGAGCCGUAUUAUAAUUUAUUACUAUAUAUUGCCGAGUGCUCAGAGUGCUGACACGGCCGUCGCCGAUCGCGUUGUGUACUUGUGUGUCAGUCGUCGGUGCGUUAUUUUUUUUUUCUCAGUAGUUGCGUGCUCGUCUACGCUACUUGUAGUGUGUCGCUGUCGCCGCGCGGCCGUCCACUCGUUUCUUUGUCCCUUCCUGUCCGCUGUGCGCAACCGCUGUCGGCCGGUGUCCUCCUGUGCGGCUGUGCUUGACAUGACCAGUACCGCGUAGUUAUGUGACGACGACUGUGCGCGACACCCCGUCUUGUAUAUACACCUACCUGUCUACACCACAGCGACGACGAGUUUUCCGAUUUCCGUUUUGUGUUCUUCCACUGAUGUUGGCCGGACGACUCCGAGCAACAUGGUUAAAAGAUCUGAUGCAACUGAAAAAAAAAAUGGCUCAUCAAAGCAUGAAAAUGCCAUAAAAUAUGGUGAAUUGAUUAUACUGGGGUAUAAUGGCCAGCUAACAGCUGGCGAUAAACGGAGGAGGCGUAGUAAAUUUGUUUUAUGGAAGAGAGAUGUAGCCAAUGGAAUUCGAAGAUCUAAUCAUUAUGUUGUUCCCAGUCCUCAAAAUUCACAUGCAGUGCUAGAUAAAAAUCAACAUAGUAUAUCAUAUACACUGUCUCGGACAGAGGCAGUUAUAGUUGAGUAUGUAAAUGACGAGACAACUGACAUGUUUCAGGUUGGUCGAUCAUCUGACUCACCAAUAGAUUUUGUUGUGAUGGACACAAAUGCAGAGAAGAAUGCAGCUGCUAUUAAUAACCAACCAAUUGUUGAUAAAAAAACAGCUGCAGCGAGCACUAUAUCUCGAUUUGCUUGUCGCAUCAUUUGCGACAGGAACAAUACAAACAUAGCUCGUUUAUAUGCUGCAGGAUUUGAUUCUUCUAGAAAUAUAUUCUUAGGGGAAAAAGCAACUAAAUGGAAAGAUGGUGAAGAAAUUGAUGCACUUACUACAAACGGGGUAUUGGUUAUGCAUCCAAGUGGAAAAUUCCAUAAAGGAAAUACAGAACCGGGGAUCUGGUUGGAGGUUUCAGUGUGUGGUAAACUUUUUUCUUUGCGUGGGUCUAGAUCAGCUCAACUUAAAGGUGACAUGGUUGAUGGUUCCGAUAAUAUUUUAACUGACGGAACACUAAUAGAUUUAUGUGGUGCAACCUUGCUCUGGAGGUCAGCAGAGGGGCUGAGUUUAUCUCCUAGUAGAGAAUACUUGAAAAAGCUGAUUGAAAGGACAAAUCGUGAACGACCUACUUGUCCUGUUGGGCUGUACACAUUAGUGUUUCCUCAUCAUUCGGAAGACCAUACCGCUGCGGUCGCAUCUUCUGAACUUGCAGAUAUAAAGCAACAGCCAUAUGCAUACUUGCAAUGUGGUCAUGUCCAGGGUCGUCACGCAUGGGGAUUAAAUAAAGACUCUAAUAGUAGAACAUGCCCAAUGUGUUUAAAAGUGGGCGGUAUAGCCAAGUUGAGUAUGGGCAUAGAGGCUUCAUUUUAUGUGCAGGAUAAAGAAAAGCCAGAUUUAUACGCUUUUAACCCAUGUGGUCACGUGGCUACAGAAAAAACGGUCAAAUUUUGGUCUAAUGUAGGGAUACCCUAUGGAACCAAUGGGUUUGAGGCGUUUUGCCCUUUUUGCGCUAAACUACUUGAAGGCUAUCCGGGAUAUGUUAAAUUAAUUUUUAACUAAAACUAGGUUUAAGUAAAUUUUUUUAAACAUAAUUAUAAAAAUGAAUAGAUUUCUUUUUAUAGUUAAUAUUUAUUUUUCCUUGACCUUAUAAAGGUAGUGUGAUAAUAUUAGCUUUUAUUGUCAUUUUGUGAGUUUUACUUUUGUCAUUGUUUUUAUUACAAUUUUUUUUAUUUGUAUUUUUUAAUCUGCAUAACUAGGUUGUGCUAUUUUGUAGGCUUAAAACAAUUUUAUUUAACUAUUUUUUGCCUUUUGAUUUUAGUUAAAUAUUUUUUUAUUUUUUAUAUCAUUUGGUCACUUCUGUGUAGCACCAGUACUGUACUCUCUAAUCAAUAUAAUUUGUUUGUGUCUGAUUUAAAAUUUUACAAUUUAAAACAGUGACAAUCUAUACAAAACUGUUUUUAAAAAAUCUCAGUAUUAGGUUUAAAAUUAUUAUUGAAUAUCUUUUGCAAUGUUUACAAUUUUUGAAGAUCUUAACAACGUUACUUUUUGAAGAUCUUAUUAGCUAUAGUUAAAUUUAAUGACCAAGUUUUUUUUAUUAAAGUUGCUAUGUGUAAAGUUAAAUUCCAUCUACUCUAUUACAUACAUUUCUUAUAAUCAAGAGUCAUAAGCACUUUAUUAUUCUUUUUAAUGAUGUUUUUAAUCAGCAUUGUUAAACAAGCAGAAAUUAAUGAUCACCAUGGGCUUAUAAAUUUAAAUAAUCAAAGCAUGAGCACUAUUAAGUGGAGUAGUAUGUUUGGAGAGACCUAAGAACUUUCAAAUAUUCAAAACAGAAUACUUUGAUUUUUAUAUUUCUAGUAAGAAAUUUAGAAAUUUUUUUUAGUUCUGAGUGCAUUAAGUAAUGUUAUACUUUCACAAUGAUGUAUAUUAUUUUAUUAUGAUCACUAAAAUUAAGGUCAUAAAAUGACAUCCCUAGUAUCUAUAUUUAAAUAUUUACUUUUGAAUUUAUUUUAUGUGGAGUAUUGUUAGUUUUUUUUAUUAAACAUAUUUUAAUUAUAUAGCUGUGGUUUUAAUUAAUUUAAGUAAUAUUAUUUAGUUUUCAUAAAUUUAAUGUAUUGAUUCAAUUAUUGAGAUGUUUUUGUCAGAAGAGGUGCAACUAAAAUAUUACAUAUUCAUUUUUAAAUGUGUAUAUUCUUUCCGUAUUAAUAAAACAAUGCUUCAAAGUACAA